AUUCCUCAUCAGAUUACCGCUGAGCCUUUUCAGAGCACGCACACAACAUUAGGCCCUAAACAACAAUCUUAUGAUGCAUGCACGCAUUAUUAUGUUUGGAGCCCAUCUUUGACAAAUCUUCAUUCAGCAGUAUCUUCUUCUUCUUAACACAAUUAUUCAGUCUAUAAAGGCCACUUGUGUUAUGUUUAAAAGAGCAAGAUGGACACAUCGCUACACUGACCCCACUUGCCUCUACAAUGGAGAAGCUGCCUUCCAGGCUGGACCCCUCUGUGCAGCCCCCAACGAGGAGCCUCCAGGAGGGCACAGCGGUGAAGGGGACCUGCUCCAAACUUUUCGGGUGCUUGCCAUCGGCCUAUAGGGAGGAACUGCACCACGUGUUACACCUCACGGGUCCGCUGCUGCUGUUUCGGAUUCUGAACUUCCUGCUGCCUCUCGUUAUCACCAUCUUCUGCGGGCACAUUGGCAACGCAGAACUGGCCGGAUACGCUCUGGCAUCAGCGACCAUCAACGUGAGCACCACGGCGACUGUGGAGGGCCUCACGCUGGCUUGUGACACGCUCAUCUCUCAGACAUUCGGCAGCAAAAACCUGAAGCGGGUGGGCGUGAUUCUGCAGAGGAGCUCGCUCAUCCUGCUGCUCUUCUGCUUGCCCUGCUGGGCCGUUCUCAUCAAUGCGCACAACAUCCUGCUCCUCAUGCACCAGGACCACCAGGUCGCCAGGAUCGCCCACGUCUACAUGAUGGCCUUUCUACCAGCUGUUCCAGCCAUGUUCCUGCAUCAGCUGCAGGUGGCCUACCUGCAAAACCAGGGCAUCAUCCUGCCUCAGAUGUACACAGCGGCAGUGGCCAACAUUUUAAAUUUGGGGCUGAACUACGUCCUGAUCAUCAGCCUGCAACUGGGCGUCAUCGGCUCGGCGGUGGCAAACAGCCUGGCUCACGUCGCCAUCUGCCUGCUCCUCUUGGCCUACAUCCGAUGGAAGAAACUCCACCGGCCCACGUGGGGAGGCUGGUCCACAGAGUGUCUGCAGGACUGGGGGUCCUACAUGAAGCUGGCGGUCCCCAGCACCUUCAUGGUGUGCUUCGAGUGGUGGAUCUGGGAGAUUGGAGGCUUCCUGGCGGCAGGCAUUCUGGGCGAGGUGGACCUGGCAGCCCAGCAUGUGAUGGUGGAGAUAUCCGCCAUCACCUACAUGUUUCCUUUGGGUGUCCAAGCAGCUGCCUGCGUGCGUGUGGGCAACGCUCUGGGAGCGGGAGACACCGCCCGCGCCAUACUUAGCUGUAAGGUGGCCCUGAUUCUAACAGGACUGCUUGCCGUCUUCCAGGGUGUCGUCAUUGUCAGCUCUAAGUCUGUCCUGGGCUACAUCUUCACGUCGGACGAAAACAUCACCGCCAUCGUCUCCAACAACCUGAGCAUCUACACGUUUCUACAAUUCUUUGACUCCGUUCUGUGCGUCUGCUCUGGAAUCCUGGUCGGCUGCGGAAUGCAGAAGAUCGCCGCCGUGUCCAACCUGGUCAGCUACUACUGCAUCGGCCUGCCAGUAGGGGUCGCGCUCAUGUUUGCAGCCCGGCUCAGAAUAUUUGGCUUGUGGCUGGGUCUUCUGACAUGCGUCUGCCUGGAGGCGUGCUUUUUCCUCAUUCUCAUCUACAAACUCAACUGGAAAAAAGUCACACGAGAGGCUGAAUUGCGAGCUGGGAAGAAUGUUCCAGUAGCAUUAAAGUGCGGCGUGCAGAACGAAGCGAUGGUGCGUGACGGCUCGGUGAACGACAAAGGAGCUACCGGAAGCGCCGAAGGCGGGACGUUGUCGCCGUCAGCCAAUGACAAAGCCCCCACGCCGUUGUCCGCUACUCAGCUCGUGUUGAGGAGAGGACUCGCCGUCUCUGUCUCUGUGCUCAUUUUAGCAGCAGGCGUCGCUAUGCGCGUCGCAUUUCCGGUUCCGGAAAUUGUAACAUCGAGCGGGGUUAACUUUACGCAAUGCUGGGCCAAUGACUCCACCCCCACAACAGCUUCUUGGACGGGACAGACCACUGACCUCUCAAAGAAUGUAUCCUUCAGUUAAACACUAACAUGUCUAAAUAAAUAAGUAGAAACAUUUUCAAUGAACCAUUCUACUUAUAUUCUUGAUAAUUCUCCUUUGCAUAUGUUGGCCACGCCCACUACACCAGGGGUGUCCAAAGUGUGGCCGGACUGCUAUUUAAAGUAUUAAAAACUGGAACAAUCAGCAGCGACUUUACAAGAAUAAAGUCAAAAUAUUAUGAGAAAAAUUCAUAAUUUUUCCGAGAAUAAUAUUUUGGAGGAAAAAUAAUGUCAUUUUAGUAGCAUAAAGUUGAAAUACGAAAGAAAAAAGAUGUUAGUCGUAAUAUGACGAGAAACAAAACAAAAUCAAAUUGUAUUUUUUGGGCAAUUCGAUUCGGGAAAAAGUUAUGGUGUGAGAAUAAAGUGAAAAUAUUACUGGAAUAAGUCAUAAUUAUGAGAAGAACAUUUCCAGGAAGAAAGUUUAAGGUGGGAAAAUGUAAAAGAAAAUAAAAAUGUAAUAAAAAUGAAAAAAAAAAAACCCAGCAGAAAUGGAAUUUUUUUUUUUUACAUGAAUAAAUAUUAAGAGGAAAAAGUUGUAAUCUGACAUGAAAAAGUUAAAAUAUGAAAGAAAAUAUAAUUAAACAAAUUGUAAUAUUAUGAGAAAGUAACAAAAAUGUAAAAAAACAAAAAUAAAAUUAAAAUAAUGGAAAAAGAACUGGAAAAAAAACUGCUGUCAUUUUACAAGAAUAAAGUUAAAAUAUUAAGAUAAAAAGUCACAAUUUUACAAGCAUAAACAUGUAAUAUGAGAAAAAAUAAGUAGCAUAGGGUUUAAAUAUUAAAGAAGUAUGCAUUUUAAAAAAUAAUAUGAGAAAAACAAAAUAAAACAAAGUUGCAGUUUUUGGAAAAUUAGGUUGGGGAAAAAGUGAUAUAGUGAAAAAAGUCAAAAUAUUACAAAAGAAAACUUCACAAUGAUUAUUUUAGAAGAAAGUUGAAAUAUUUGGAAAAAAAGCCCCAAUAAAAAUCGGGAAAAAAAGAGCAAAGAGCAAAGUCGAUGCUAAUAAUACUUACAGUAUAUUGUUUGUCUUUAACAGAGUCCAUUUUUAUUUUGCCUACCCUUAUAGUUUUACAAUUUGUAUUAAUUUUUUUAUUUUAUUACGAGCUACUUGUUUUAUGUUGUACCAUCACACCGCAAAAACUUCCUAGUUUGUGGAACCUACACUGACAAAGGCAAUAAAAACUAUUCUGAUUCGGAUUCUAAUAGGCUUUUCCACCCAUAUCAUAAAGCUGAGAUGCAGUUUUUUCUUGAAAUAUACAUACUGUAACUUCUUGGCAUAUCUACAUUUACAAAAUAUCAAAGUGGCAAAGUUGCAUCCUUUCCUUCUUCACUAUGUGGCCUUGAGGCUGUCUGAAAGAGCAAACAGCACCAUCUGCUGGUGUUGGUGGGGCACUAACCAAUGUGGAGCGGCAACAAAAUAAUCCAAAUACAGA